UAUUUUAAAACAUUUUCCCAAAUGUCCGCUACUUCUUGCGCACAGAAACAUAUCUCCUAACCUCGAAAAGACAAUGUGCUAAUGGCGAUUUAGAUCAACAGCAACACGAUGGUAUCGCAAUUCAGUAAAGACGGCAAAUAUUUCGCGCAAAUAUCCAACGACGGCAAACUUAAACUAUGGAACACAGUGACGAAUAAGUUCGAGCAGGAAUUUACGCCCGAUUUUCAUCUGACAUCGCCUUGCGUCUGUUUACAUUUUGUUCUGCCAGAGAGCUUAACAACUAAGAAUGGAUCGCCACGUAAAAAGGUCAAGCGACGAAGCUCCAUAGGCGAAAUAACAUCUCCAUUUGUUGUGUUGGGAACCACAUCUGGUUUAUUAUUGAAUUAUUCUAUUGCCAAGGGUGAACUUGAUUUCACAAUUGAUAGCAAAACAAACCAGGCAAUUAGUUGUUUAUCAUGGCAGAGUGGUGUGGAAGUAUAUUCAGCAGUUGAACAGAAUGUAGUGUCUUGGGAUUUGCAAAAGAAAGCAAUUAAGAGCAAAUGGAAAGCUGGUAAUGAGAAAAUAACUGCAAUUCUGCAAAUACCAGAGAGCACAAAGUUAUUGACAGCUUCAAAAAAUAUUAAAUUAUGGGACCUCAACAAGAAAGAAGUGCUAACUACAUUCACAGGCCACAGUAGUGACAUAGCUCACUUGUAUUUUGUUAAUCCAACACAAAAUGAUGGAUAUUUUGUUACUAGUUCAAAAGCAGAUAGAAUUAUUUCAUGUUGGAGCUUGGAUGGAACAAAGAAUGCUGUUGCAAGUUUCCAAGCAGAAGAUGUAAUCAAUCAAUUGAAUGUCUUGGUGGAUUCUGAGGGUGCUACUGAAGUUGCAGCCGUAACACGAAGUGGCGUCUGCCACGUGUACAUUCAUACACUCAACGGAAAAGGAAACAAACCGUUGAAACCAAAGACAACCUUGCGCGUUGUUUCGGAUUCCAGCGAUAAAGGUUCUAUUAUUCCAAUUCCGAUUGUUGGCGCAUACGCGAAUGAUGAUGGUACAAUUGCAAUCGCGCAUGGCAAUGCUUUGCAUUUGCUGUUUGAGAACGUCGUGCUCAAUUCUUAUGAAAAACUGCAGUGUAUCAUCCGAAAGGACCCGCGCGUUGGGCAGAAACAAGAUAAUGAAGUGUCCAAAACAAAGCAACCGAUUGUCGAUGGGGAAGUGCAUUAUCUCACACCGCACACACUCAACAGCGUCGCCAAACGACGCGCUGAGGGUACUACAGAGGUACCAAUGGAGAAGCGUCUCGAAAAUCUACAGCUGAACAAGCUUGAUAGUAGCUCAAAAGUUCCUAAAGCGAAUAAUGUGGCGCAGCUGUUGCUACAGGGUAUCCACAGCAAGGAUAAGAAUAUCCUACGCACGGUGCUGAACAGAAGGGACGAGACUGUUAUCAAUAACACGAUUAAACGUCUGCCAAUGACCGUUAUUGUUCCGCUGGUUGAGGAGUUAACGAAUUUGAUUCAAGGCAAAACGUUAUUGUGUCAAACGGGCGUGUUGUGGUUAAAGAGCUUACUGCAAAUACACGCGGGUAUUUUGGUGUCUAAUCCAGAAUUGGCGGAUUUGCUGGGUCCGGUUAUGAGCAGCAUUGAGAGCCGACUCAGUCUUCAAACUCCCCUGAAUCGACUUCGAGGUCGUUUAGACUUGUUAGUCUCACAAUUAAAUGUGUCUAAUGUCGCUGAAGAAGCUGAUGAUGAGGCGCUCUUAGUGUUCAACGAUAAAGCAUCGAGCGACUCUGAGAUGGACGGCUUGGAAAUCGGCUUCCAUUCCGAGAGCGAAAAUGAGUGGCUAGAGGAAGAAUCAGAAUCCGAGGACGACAAAGGAGAUGAAAACGGCGAAGAUAAUUCUGACGAAGAAAUGUCGACGUAAUAAUUUUGCAUUUGGUUGAAUUGAAAAUAAAUCGAUUUUAAAAGAUACAUUUUUCAUGUUGCACGCGUGAAUUUCAUAUUGUUAUACCGUAUGCAAUUAUGCGAUACUGUUUGCAAUUAUAAGCAAAGUAAUAUUUUUGCAACUAACUUGGGUAGACUUAAAUUAAUUGUUAUUGAACAGUUACAAAUAUAUCUUGCGAAGUCUUGAUUUCAGUUA